GCUUGUAGCGUGAGCUUCAAGUGAGAGAAACAACACCAGCUGUACGGCGUCUCUUCCUCCGUCUUCCCCAUUUCGCACCUCAAGAAUCUCUCAUUUACCUUUCACUGCCACUUUCCCUUCACAGUUAGCCUCUCCGCUUCCGAUCUCUCCCUCUUACACCCUUCUCGGCCACAAGCUUUGAUACGUUCAAUGGGGUUCUUUGUGGAGCCCGAGUCUUUGCGGAGGUUCCGUCUCUUUCUCCUGUAGCUAUUUUUGGCUCAGUGUUGCAAUGCUGUUCUAUUUGAGUUGAGAGCAUUUUUUUCUUCCACAAAGAUUUGAGCUUGGCACAAGAUUCAGGUUUCGUACGGGAUGUUGAUUUGAACUCAAUGCUGAAGAACUGCAGAAUAUUUGUUUGCUAAGGGUAACUUCAAAUUCGCGGCAUAGUAGAAGUCAGAUUCUGAGAUCUAAUUGUGUUCGUUUAGGUUUCGAAGAGUUGAUGGGGGUGAUGAAAGUGCAUAUGAUUUAGAAAACCACACUUGGUGGUGUGAACGAGAAGCGAACUUGGGUUCUCCCCGUUGGGGGCCUUGCGCUUUCCAUAGUUCACCUCAUUCUAUCCUUGAAUAUUAAUCCUACUUGGGUUGGUUGGGUUUGGAUUUUUGGAGGAUGAAUCGUAGUUUCAGGGCGCAGGAGUCGCAAAUGCAAGCGGCCUUAAAACAGAGGCAGCAGCAAAUGGGGGGAUUAAGGUCUUCGAUGAUGAAGGAGAAGGAUGAGGAACUUGCACUAUUCCUGGAGAUGAAAAAGCGCGAGAAGGAACGUAGCGAUCUUCUGCUUCACAGCUCUGAGGAGUUCGAUGCCCCACUAAAUUCAAUAGGCUCAAAUCCGGGUACUUCACCCAUAUUUAAUAUUGCAGCAACUACGCCAGCUCCUCCACGUAAAACUGGUGCUGAUGAUUUUCUCAAUUCAGAAAAUGAUAAAAAUGACUAUGACUGGCUCCUAACUCCUCCUGGGACUCCUCUUUUUCCUUCUCUGGAGAUGGAAUCACGAAAGACUGUCAUGAGUCAGCUUGGACCUCCAACCACACGUCCCACUGCACUGAAAUCAAGAUUGGCAAAUCCAACACCAGAGCCUGCUGGAAGGAGCAACUUAGCAUCUAGACAACCGGCUGCCUCCCCUGGAUUGAGCUCUUCAAGCAGUGGCACACGUAGGCCCUCAUCAUCAGGGGGUCCAGUAUCAAGACCUGCAACUCCUACUGGACGCUCAACAUUGACCUCAGCUUCAAAAUCAUCAAGACCUUCAACACCUACUUCUCGCACCACUGUGCCUUCAAGAAGCACUAUAACUGCUACCAAGCCCACAGUGUCUGCCACGAAGGCUGCAGUUUCUGCUUCCAAGACCAUAGUCCCUGCAGCUAAAUCCACAACUCCAUCAAGAUCGUCUACACCUUUGUCCAGGUCUACAGCUAGGUCGUCAACACCAACUUCCAGGCCUACCUUGCCUCCAUCCAGGCCCACAUCAAGGGCAUCAACUCCAACUCGCAGGCCCUCAACACCAUCAAGUGCACCUGCUGCUCCUUCAGUUAAGACAACUUCUAUUUCCAGGUCUGCUCCCAUGACAUCAAGGCAGCCAACUCCUGUGACAUCGAGGCUGCCAACUCCUGUGAAAUCCAGGCAACCAGUUUCAACGGCAUUAAAGCAAUCAGUACCGUCACAUGGCACUUCACCAACAGCAAGACCAAGACCUUGGAAGCCAUCUGAGAUGCCUGGUUUUUCUCUUGAUGCUCCACCCAAUUUGAGGACAACGUUACCUGAUAGGCCAUUGUCAGCUACUAGGGGCAGGCCUGGAGCACCUGUUUCUCGGUCCUCAUCUGUUGAGCCCGGUCCUAGUGGAAGACCUAAGAGGCAAUCAUGUUCUCCUUCAAGAGGGCGUACCUCCAAUGGUAUGGUUCAUACAAGUGGAAGCUCUAUGCCAGCAGUUAGCCGUGGGCACUCCAAAGUGAAUGACAAUGUCAGCCCCGUAGUAAUUGGCACUAAAAUGGUUGAGAGGGUUAUAAAUAUGCGUAAAUUAGUGCCACCAAGAAUGGAUGACAAAAAUUCUCCCCAUAGUAAUAUCUCAGGCAAGUCAUCUACAUCUCCUGAAAGCUCCGGUUUUGGAAGGACACUGUCGAAGAAAUCCCUGGACAUGGCUAUCAGGCAUAUGGAUAUAAGGCGAACCAUUCCUGGAAACUUGCGGCCCUUAAUGACAAAUAUUCCAGCAUCAUCUAUGUAUAGCGUGCGGUCAGGGUCCCAGCGAAGCCGGACAAUUAGCAUUUCAGGUUCUCCUCAUGCCACAAGCAGCAAUGCUAGUUCUGAAGUGAGUGUAAACAACAACGGACUCUGCUUAGAUAGUAGUGAAGUAGAUGAUGAUAUUGGCAGUGAGAGAGGCGGUCAAUCUCCUGCCAGUGUACGAGGCAGGUAAACAGCUAUCACAUUGGACGUGUCUCGGCUGAAACAAAAUUAGGAACCGGGCUCAUAUCCAGAGUUCCUGGCAUAUUGGAGUUGGAUAUGGAACUAACCAUGCUUGUUCUGUUGUAAAGUUUAUUGGAAGUGAUGAUCAUGUAACCUUAACCUUUUGUAUUUCGAGGAAUCUUUGACAUCAGGUAGCUCCGUUUUAUGCUGCAACGCUAGUGCUCAUUUUUUAAAGCAGGCUGAGGUCUGUGUCCUUUAUGAAAUGAAGGUUGAGCUCGUUAUGGAAAACCA